AUGGCAGUUAUAAAGUGCCUUAGCACUCUUGUGCCUUCUGCUAUGGCACUGUGCCUUCCAAAAGGCCGGACGAAGGCUUGCAGCGAAGAGGACAAAAUUUCUGAACGACUAUUGGCUAUUCUGCUCUCCUUUUUCGCCUUGUUGAAUAGCAUCGCAAUGUUUUGCAUCAUUCAGUUCAGCAAUCAACUGGCACACGAGAGGGCAUUGCUAGAGCUACUGGAACUGGAGCACAAUCGUGUCAGAUCGGAAGUGAAGAUUGCUGAAAGGAAAUGCAGUACUGCUCCGUCUGACCUUGUAAAUCAAUUGAGACACCUGAAGGAGCGUCUGGAACAACAAAAAACCCUCAUUGAUGAUCUGGAAUACCAAUAUCUUGAAGUGAGUGCAACUUGUCAACUUGUCGAAUUGUCAGACAUUGAAUCGUUUGCUUUUUUUCUUGCCAUACCUUAA